AUGGAGGACCAACGCCGAGACGAUCACAUCGCUCGCCGAGAUGAACACAUCCCUCAGAGUCAGGGUCCUGAGAACAACACUCAUCCCCUCCCUUCUGAGAAUCCUCAAUCUCAUGAACUAGAUAGCUACACUGAGGCCUGUCGUGACCUUGAGCAGCAGCUAAAAGCCCAGAUCAACCUCAUCAAGAGACACCUCGGUGCCGUGGGCACGUCUCAGAGCUGGGACGCGUCUUCUCAGACUGUCCAAGCUGGUCCUUCUGACGCCAUGCAGGGCCAGCCGAUUGCCUCUGAGUCUUCUGCCCCCAUUACGCCUACUAAAACCCUCUCGGCUUCCGCCUUGACCAACAGCAACACUCACAUUCACACUCCGAACAUUGGCAACACUGAGGUUCCUGUUGUGACUCAAGGUCUCGUUAGUCCCGCUGUCUCGACUUCCAGUGCUGCAACGACCUGUGAGGCCUUCCCUGACUACUACGAGUCCUGCGAGAAGAAUCCUCCCAUCGUUGACAAAGCGCACGAAGCAGCUUACAACUACGCUAUCUCCAAGGUUGUCGAGGAAGCAACUCGUUUCAAAAAGAUUGACGCCAACGUCACCAAUCCUCCUGUGCUCAACGCAGCUACUGAUCCUGUUGUGAAGGGCAGAUCUGCCACCCCGAGCGCAAAGAAAGCUCUCGGGACCUCUCAGACUUCCAAGAACUCCUCCACCGUACCCAUGCCCCCAAUCCGCCCUCCCCUCACUGAGGCCGAGAUCGCGGAAAGAAAGACGAAGCUGCUUGCAGAGAUGAAGGCGUUCAUUCCUAGCGGCAACAUCCCAGCCGAUCUCAUGCGUCGUUUCGUCGCGAUGACUAACGCGGUCCUCCAGAUGGAGAUGAUUCUCUUUCCUCGGGAGAACACUGCUUGCCAGCCCAAAAACUUGCUGUCCGCCCAGGAAACAGGGAAGAUCCGUGCCAUGACGAGCGAUAUGAUCCAGUAUCUCACUCAUCUGAACAACACCGUGAAGAAGCAGGUAGAAAAAGCCAAUGAAGUGGCGUUCGUCAUGGCCCAGAUCGCGGGGUGUCCUCAAGCCUCGGUGUACGAGCGCUAUACGCGCAUGGCUGAGGUGUUUAACAAAAACACCAAGAAGCCCAGCGACCAGGAGCUGCGCCUACUCACCGUCUUCCUCGACCUCUAUGACACCGUCAUCUACACCCGCUUCCUCACGAUGCGCUUCAACGGCGAGCUUAUCCUUGAGGAAAUCCUCAACAAACAGCGCGCGCAACUGUCCCAGCUUCUGGGUUCCCUCUGGGACAUCCAUAACCACGUCAUCGAGAACUACCAGAAGAUCAUCAACUGUAUGGUGCACAUGAAGCGGAACAUUGUUGCUCCAAUAUACGAAGAGAUGACCCGGUCCAAAGAGCUCUGGAUCGACCGUUGGAACGCAAACCAGCGUGCACUGGAGCGAGAGCUGGCGCAGCAGGAGCAGGACCGGCAGGAGCUGGCGGCUAGGGAGCGUCGCUCGACUUAA